AGAUAAUAUUUAAUUUAUAGAUAAAACUCCCAGAUUGCAACUAUGGAUGAUCCCAGUUCACCGCCUCCAAAUACGCCCAGCGACGUGAUCGAGCGUCGCGAUUCGCGAGCUGCGAUGACUUCUCCGGUUGGCGACUUUGAACCUUUCGAGAAUGAGGAUGAAAUUCUUGGCGAUCAAACAGUGCGCGAUGAGGAGGAAGAAGAUGGCGAGGAGCUGUUUGGCGACAACAUGGAGAACGAUUAUCGCGAGAUGCCUGAGCUGGAUCACUAUGAUCCUGCCAUGCUGGACGAUGAAGAGGACUUCUCCGAAAUGUCGCAGGGUGAACGCUUUGCAGCCGAAUCGGAAAUGCGUCGUCGGGAUCGCGCCGCCGGCAUUCACCGAGAUGAUCGUGAUUUGGGCUUUGGUCAGUCGGACGACGAGGAUGAUGUGGGCCCACGUGCCAAGCGACGUGCUGGCGAAAAGGCAGCUGUCGGCGAGGUCGAAGACACAGAAAUGAUCGAAUCCAUAGAGAACCUGGAGGACACCAAGGGACAUUCCACCAAGGAGUGGGUAAGCAUGUUGGGACCGCGUACGGAAAUCGCAAAUCGCUUCCAAUCUUUCCUGCGCACCUUCGUUGAUCGUGGCGCCUAUACCUAUCGCGAUCGCAUUCGGCGCAUGUGCGAGCAGAACAAAUCCUCAUUCGUGGUGUCCUACACGGAUUUGGCCAACAAGGAGCACGUGCUGGCCUACUUUCUGCCCGAAGCACCCUUCCAAAUGCUUGAGAUCUUCGACAAGGUGGCCAAGGACAUGGUUCUCUCCAUUUUCCCCACCUACGAGCGUGUAACUACGGAGAUUCAUGUGCGCAUCUCGGAGCUGCCGCUGAUCGAAGAGCUGCGCACCUUCCGUAAGCUGCAUCUGAAUCAGCUCGUGCGCACCUUGGGCGUAGUUACAGCCACAACGGGCGUCCUUCCCCAGCUCUCAGUGAUCAAGUACGAUUGCGUUAAGUGCGGAUAUGUGCUGGGUCCAUUUGUGCAGUCGCAGAACACAGAGGUGAAGCCGGGCUCGUGUCCUGAGUGUCAGAGCACGGGUCCCUUCUCCAUUAACAUGGAGCAAACGCUGUAUCGCAACUAUCAGAAGAUAACCCUGCAGGAGUCACCGGGUCGCAUACCCGCCGGCCGCAUACCACGCAGCAAGGAUGUAAUCCUGCUCGCGGAUCUGUGCGAUCAGUGCAAGCCAGGCGAUGAGCUGGAGGUCACGGGCAUCUAUACGAACAACUAUGACGGCUCGCUGAAUACGGAUCAGGGCUUCCCUGUCUUUGCAACGGUCAUCAUAGCCAACCAUGUGGUGGUCAAGGACUCCAAGCAGGUGGUGCAGUCGCUGACGGAUGAGGACAUUGCCACCAUCCAAAAGCUGAGCAAAGAUCCACGCAUUGCUGAUCGCAUAGUUGCAUCGAUGGCGCCUUCGAUUUACGGCCACGAAUAUAUCAAGCGUGCUCUGGCCUUGGCUCUCUUCGGUGGCGAGUCCAAGAAUCCGGGCGAGAAGCACAAGGUGCGUGGCGACAUCAACAUGCUCAUCUGCGGUGAUCCAGGCACUGCCAAGUCACAAUUCCUGAAGUACACAGAGAAGAUAGCACCGCGUGCCGUAUUUACCACCGGACAGGGAGCCAGCGCCGUGGGCUUGACCGCCUACGUGCGUCGCAAUCCCGUGUCCAAGGAAUGGACUCUGGAGGCGGGCGCUUUGGUGCUGGCCGACCAGGGCGUCUGUCUGAUAGAUGAAUUCGACAAGAUGAACGACCAGGAUCGCACCUCCAUACACGAGGCCAUGGAACAGCAAUCGAUAUCGAUAUCAAAGGCUGGCAUUGUCACUUCGCUUCAGGCACGUUGCACGGUGAUCGCUGCUUCAAAUCCCAUUGGCGGUCGCUAUGAUCCCUCGAUGACCUUUUCAGAAAAUGUGAAUCUCUCGGAACCGAUUCUGUCCCGUUUCGACAUAUUGUGCGUGGUCAAGGACGAGUUCGAUCCCAUGCAGGAUCAGCAGCUAGCUAAGUUCGUGGUGCACUCACACAUGAAGCACCAUCCCAGCGAGCAGGAGCCCCCGGAGCUGGAGGAGCCGCAGCUGAAGAAUGUGGAGGAGAUACCACAGGAUUUACUGCGUCAAUACAUUGUCUAUGCCAAGGAGAAUAUCCGACCCAAACUAACUAAUAUUGAUGAGGACAAGAUUGCCAAGAUGUACUCGCAGCUGCGACAGGAAUCCUUCGCCACAGGCUCGCUGCCCAUUACGGUGCGUCACAUUGAGAGCGUCAUCCGCAUGUCGGAGGCGCAUGCUCGACUGCAUCUGCGCGAGAAUGUGAUGGAGGCAGACGUUAGCAUGGCCAUACGCAUGAUGCUCGAGAGUUUCAUCGAGGCGCAAAAGUUCAGCGUGAUGAAGAAGAUGCGCACCACAUUCCAGAAGUAUUUGGCCUUCCAGAAGGACCACUCGGAGCUGCUCUUCUUCAUCUUGCGCCAACUGACGCUCGACCAGCUGGCCUACAUACGCUGCAAGGAUGGGCCCAGUGCCACGCACGUGGAGAUCAUGGAGCGCGAUCUGCUGGAGCGAGCCAAGCAGCUGGACAUUACCAAUCUGAAAUCAUUCUACGACUCGGAACUGUUUCGCUCCAAUGGCUUCUCCUACGAUCCCAAGCGGCGCACAAUUCUACAGAUUGUGGUCGAUGGCGUCGCCUAAAGUACGGCUAUAUCUAGACCUAUGCGAAGAGUUUACCUGAACACAUUUACGUUUUCAUCUCAUUUAGUAUUAGAGGCGCCCACGUUUUGUUUACCAUUUAGCAUUGUCAUGUCAUACUAUGUCUAAUAAAAAGCUGUUUAUGCAAGU